AUGGAGGAAUAUAGCUCUGUCAAACGAAGACGUGCAUCACAUCCAACGGAUAGUGGACAUAUCGCUCCAACAAAGUUGAAUAACCCGCUACUGAUACAAGGAUGUAGCAUUUUUGACAAACAAUACAACGAAUCUACGGUACAUGACGCGGUAUAUAAGAUGGUUACGGAAAGUAUGGAAGGUACAAAAGACCCAAUGUCCAUUGAAUUGGUAUUUCAGAUUGGUCAUUUGUUGAGCCUUGCCCAUUCCAAGAACAUUGUCCUACCAGUUGAAACAGAAGCAAUAUUGGAUUAUGAUUCCACAAAGGUUAAAUUUGUACCAGGAGUAUCUACUUCUUGCCUUGAUUCCUUAUAUCUAAACGUUUUUACAAGUAAAGCUGGUGAUUCUAGGCUUGUACCAUACGCGGAUUAUCUUGAAAUAGAGUUGAAACUACCAUCAAAUGUCAAGGUAGAGGACCACCCAAAAGACGGUUCAGAUGGAUAUCACCAUUCUAAACUCUUUAGACUUGAAUAUACUCACGAUGAGGAUAUACAGUUUGGAAAUGUGAGUUCAUUUAGUAGAAAUAAUUUAAACGACCUGAUAGUAUAUAGACCAAAGUCUAAUAACCACUACAAGGUCUGUAUUAAUUCCGUAUUUCCUCUGCCAGAUGAUACUGGCGAUUUUUCUUCAGCCACCGGAAUAUUGUUUCGUAAUGUUAGGGUUUACAGAUCUGACAAGACAGCUAAUGUAAAAAAUGUCAAAUUCCAGCUGGAAAUUAUAGAUCAAUGGGAUAUUGGAGUAAACGGAGAGUUGAAAAAGCUUUCAAUUGCCGAAAUGAUGAAGGUAUUUUACCAGUGCUUUAUAAGACAAAAUUCAAAUGUACCUAUCCCUAGUUUUAUAGAUUUCGAUAGUGCUGAAGAGGCCAAGAAGAAACUCAUUCAAUUAUAUAUACGACCUUCAGCACACAACAAACAGCUAUAUAGACAAUAUAAAAAGCUUGUAGAAUGUAAACCAAAUAGAUUUGACUAUAUAUUGUCAAUGUUGGAGUCUAAUAUGACAAUGCUUUUGGAAAUAUUUGAUUCAAAUUCUACUGAGUCUGUAGAGCCUUUGGAUUACUAUCCAAAUAUGUUUGGUGAUACAACAGAGUCGACUCAAACGCAUUAUGAUACUAGGGUAAUCGUAAGACAGAAAAAAUCAAUAAUAGAGGCUCUAAGAAAGUCAAAUAAUCUUAUAAAGAGAGUUCUUAUAGCAUUUAAUGUAAAACAUGGUUCAAGAAUACUUGAUUUAGCAUGUGGACGUGGGCAGGACCUCAACAAAUAUGCCUCUCUAGGAAUUAAAAAAUUCAUGGGAAUAGAUAUAUCGUAUAGAGAAAUCGCAGAAGCCAGAAGACGUUAUUCGUCUAGACGAUUGCAAUUAGGAUUUAGUGCGGAAUUUCACCAUGGCAAUCUUUUGGACAACAAAAUGUACUCAAUGUUUAUAAGGAAUAAAAAAUUUGAUGUUGUCUCCAUCCAACUCGCUAUCCAUUAUAUACUGCAGGAUGAGCAGUCUUCUACAUUCUUUUUAGAGCAUGUGUACAGAUCUUUGAAUGAUAAUGGGUUGUUUAUUGGUUCCACAGUUUGCUGCAAUCAAAUUUUAAAAGGACUAUCCUCUAGCAUUCCUUGCAAAGUAUCCGAAGAUUCCGGUACAGCCAAGUGGGAGUUUGGGAAUCCGGUUUUUAAUAUCGCAUUGCACGAAGAUGCCGUUAAUACCCUGCUGGACGGUGAAUUUGACCCGGAGAAAAUUGAUUACACCGCAGUAAGUGAUAGAAUAAACACACAAUGGGGAUUAAAGUAUCAUUUCUUUUUACUGGAGUCUAUAGAUGAAAGCGAAUUCGUCGUCCCCUGGAAAUCUUUUGUCAAUUUAUGUUUUAAAAUCGGUUUUAGACUCGUACAAACGUAUACCUUCCCAGAAUAUUUGGAAAUGGCAAACUCUAUGCUUUCUGGUGGUAACAAUACAAAAAUAUCGCAAAGAGUCAUCGAUGAAGUGGGUGAACAUCUCAAGUUUAUAAAAUCAUAUCCACUGUCUGAUGACCAAAGCCACGUGUUUUCUCUCUACAAGAUCUUCGUAUUCGAGAAGAUAACAGGAAGAGACAAGCUAUAUAUGCAAGGCGUAAAGAUUAAAAAAUAA